UAAAAAAGUUGCACGAUGAACAAAAUCUUUUUGUUGUGCGCAGUAGUGUUUUAUUUAUCAGUGGCUUUCUCCAUUGAAAUAGACACUGAAUUGGGUAGGAUUCGCGGCACGAAUCUAACCUCACGUCUGGGUUUAAGAGUCCAUGCAUUUCGUGGCAUACGUUAUGCAGAACCACCUUUGGGACCGUUGCGGUUUCUAAAUCCGAAGCCAGUUGAAGCUUGGUCACCAGACACAUUUGAUGCCAGCGAGGAUGGACCAAUGUGCCCACAGCCAUGGGAUAAUCUAACCGAUGUAUCUGAAGACUGUCUGCGCCUAAAUGUGUACACAAAGAAUGUGACUGGUCGUUUACCAGUGAUUGUAUUUCUACAUCCCGGCGGUUUCUAUGUCUUCUCGGGUCAAAGUAAAUACUUGGCUGGUCCCGAGCAUUUUAUGGAUCGAGAUUGUGUGUUGGUGGCGCUCAAUUAUCGUUUAGGCAGUUUGGGUUUUCUGGCCACAGGCACUGCUCAGGCUCCCGGUAAUGCUGGCCUAAAGGAUCAAGUGAUGGCCUUACGUUGGAUACGCCAGCACAUACAUCGAUUUGGUGGUGAUCCCAAAUCAGUGACUCUGUUGGGUUAUAGUGCGGGUAGCGUUAGUAUUGGCCUCCAUAUGUUGUCGCCCAUGUCAAAGGGGUUGUUCCAUCGUGGCAUUUGCAUGAGCGCCUCCCCAUUUGGCCCUCCCAAAUACGAGCAGACUGAUUUGAAAGUAGCCCAACGUCAAGCGAAAUUAUUGAAUUGCACCAUCGAGUCUGCUGACGAAAUGGUGCAAUGUCUGCGUGAGAAACCCAUGUUGGACUUUGUCCAUUCCUACAAUGGUAUGUUUGAAUUUGGCUGGAAUCCCAUAUUGAAUUGGCGCCUAGUCAUUGAGUCAGACUUUGGUCAAGAACGUUUUCUACUAGAGGAUCCCUUUAAAACGGUAAUGCGUGGAGAUUUCUAUAAAGUUCCACUUAUCACAGGAAUAACUGAAUUUGAAUUUCUUUCCGGUGCAUUUUUUGAUCUUCGUAAUACAAGUAUAGUCAGCAAAUUGAAUAACGAUUGGGAGCAUGUUGCCCCAAUAGUCCUACUUUACGAACGCGAUACAGAUCAAUCUCGUGUGGCAAGUCGUGUGCUCCGUGAAAAGUAUUUUGGACAAGGUAAUAGCACACUUGAAUACCCAAAGUCCCUUAUGCCAUUGGGCAGAGUGUAUAGUGAUGGAGUUAUUGGUGUGGGUUACCAUCGUUUUCUUCACCUAAUGGCAAAUCAAAAUGUACCCAUGUAUAACUAUCAUUUUCGCUAUAAGGGAAGAUAUAGUUUCCUCAAGAAUCCAGAUACAAAUGAAACAUAUGGAGCUGUGCAUCAUGAUGAGCUUUUGUAUCUAUUCCAUGUGAAGUUAGUGUCACCGCUUUUUAAAAAAGAGGAUCCAGAGAACUUUAUGAUCGAACGUCUGACUCGCAUGUGGUUUGAAUUUGCGAAAACCGGUAAUCCCCACAACAAGAAUGAUGAAUAUAUAAAGGAUCUUAAUUGGCCUUUAUAUGAUCCUAAGAAUAAAUCAUACUUGGAAAUUAAUUUGAAUCUCAAAACUAAAACCGGUGGCUUCAAUCAGGAAAGAUAUCAAAUCUGGGAUGAAUUGCUUCCUUUGCCUCAUUAUUGAAGAAUUUAAAACGAAACUCUUGCAAUAUAUGUAAAACCUAACCAAUACAUAUCUAUUCUAAUAAUUAAAAAUUAAAUUUAUAUCCAGCACAUAA